CGCAUUGUCAACGGGGUACACCUAUAUACUUAUACUUGUAAAGUAUAUAGAAGUAGAGAAAAAAGAAAUUCCAGAAGCAGAGAGCAAAGCCGAAGAGGAAGAGGAGAAUCGAAUCGUCGCAUUGACACCAAGACGACGACCACAACAGAGGGUGUAUAGAGUUCAGGGAUCGAGAGAUAUAUAUUAUAGGAGUCGACGUCGACGUCGUCGUCCAGGGAAGGAGUCUGCUGUGUGUUGUUAUUAUUGUUGUUAGUGCUGCAAGUGUUUUACUCAAGGAUUCGAGAUGCUGGCCCUCAUCAACCGGAUCCUCGACUGGUUCAAGUCGCUCUUCUGGAAGGAGGAGAUGGAACUGACUCUCGUCGGACUUCAGUACAGCGGCAAGACUACAUUUGUCAACGUCAUCGCGUCUGGACAGUUUAGCGAAGACAUGAUUCCAACAGUUGGAUUUAAUAUGCGUAAAAUAACCAAAGGAAAUGUAACGAUCAAAGUUUGGGAUAUUGGUGGCCAACCAAGAUUUAGAUCAAUGUGGGAGCGUUACUGCAGAGGUGUUAAUGCAAUUGUAUAUAUGGUUGAUGCAGCAGAUCCAGAAAAGAUUGAGGCAAGCCGUAAUGAACUGCACAAUCUGUUGGAUAAACCUCAACUUGCUGGCAUUCCAGUUUUGGUCCUAGGAAAUAAAAGGGAUUUGCCUCAUGCAUAUGAUGAAAAUGGUCUGAUAGAAAGAAUGAACUUGUCGGCAAUUCAAGAUCGCGAGAUCUGUUGUUAUAGCAUUUCUUGUAAAGAAAAGGACAAUAUUGAUAUAACGUUGCAGUGGCUCAUAGCACAUUCAAAAAGCGGCGUUCGCUAAUAAUAAUCGUCGGUAUCCAUUAUGUCUUAAAAACCGAUUGUUUGUAAAGGACUAAGAAUCUAUAACAAAGUCGUUAUUAAUGAUUUUUGACAGAAACAGGAGGACAGAAAAGAGAUAAAUACAUUCUUAUAUGAUUCCAUUUAGGAAUCAAGUCAUUAAAGUAGACAAUUCCUUACUCCUAAAUGCUUCAGCCCAACAGGAAUAAAUUGGUGUGAUUUUUAAAAAGAAUGCAAUUACAGAAUAAAUAUAAAAACUUACUAAUUCAGCUUACGUAUACUUUUAGUGCUACCUACGAGUAAAGGGCACAUAAAACGUAGCACUGAGGUGAUAAUUUUUUGUUUAUAAGUAUAUUUAAAUUAGUGUAUCACUAAACUUUUUUUUUUUAAAUGAAAACAAAAGAAUGUGACGAGAACUGAAGAAUAUAAAAACUUGUUAAAUAUACGACUGGAAUUAUAUUUGCAAAUACCAAAAUGAACUUUUAACAAGGUUUAGUGUUCUGAUCAUUCAAUAUUGUUUGUGAGAAUGUCACAACCCUUUUUCUACCGAUACUUCAAAUUUAGCAACCACAUUUUUUUGUAAAUCUUUGUUCAUGUAAUAUUUGAACACGAUACUAUGUAAGAGAACUUUUUUUAUAAUUAAGUUACUAUAUAUUUUGUAAGUUAGUACACUAUUGCUGAUUAAAUUGAUGCCAAAUAAUUCUUUUUAUACAUUGAAGUAACGGUACUAAAAGGCUUAUGAUAUGCUUUUCGGGAUCCAGCAGAACUAUAUUUGAUUAAAGCAGCUGGAUGUCUUUACAUAAAUUAGGAAAUCGCUGUAAAAAAAAAAUUUUAAUUUACGAUAUUAGGAUCUGCAGUUAUACAAACAAUCAUGUUGUGUUUAUAUUUAUAAUGUAUAAAACACAUCAAAACCUGUGUAGCCCAUUUUUCAAAAUGGAGCAAUGAAAUAUUAUGCGGUUGUUUUUAUUAAAUGCAUUUAAUUUUUAAUCACAUGUUUAUCAGUAAUUAUUAUAAGUAAAGAAUAUCGAUUUUAA